CAAAGAACUAUCAUACUAUCCAAAAACAAAACUAUUAUCCCAAAGACAUCUAGAGUUGUCGACCCCCAGAGCCAAGCAGGCCAAAUUCCCCAAACCACCAACUCUCAGCCUCGCGCCGCCUAGCCAAAAAAAUGCCUUCCGCCAUCCCAGCCUCGCCACCACCAUCUCCAAUCUCACAACCACAACACCCCCCCAAACAACGCAAACAAAAACAACCACCCCAACCACAACCCAACCCCGCCAAAAUACAACCACCAGAUGCGCAAGCCCUGCCUCUAACCAUCCCUCUAAAAAUGCCACCCCCGACCCGCCUCCUCGUCGCCUCAAUCGGCAACCCAGCACCCUACCUCAACACCCUCCACUCAGCAGGACACACCGUCCUGCGCGCGCUCACCAUCCCCCUCUCCACCCCACCCUUGGUGAAAUCACGACCCCACGCCAACGGACUCCUCGCGCACUCCCCCACCCACCCCAUAACCCUCUGGCACUCCCCAAGCAUGAUGAACGUCUCCGGCCCCGCCGUCGCAACGGCCUUCCGAGCGUUCCAGCGCGAGUACCCCGGCGCGGAGCUGGUGGUGCUGCAUGAUGAGCUUGAGAGCGCGUUGGGGGUUGUGAGUGUCAGGGGGGGAGAUAGGGGGACGAAGGGACAUAAUGGGUUGAGGAGUCUGGCGAAGGCGGUGGGGGGGGGGUAUACGAGGGUUGGGGUGGGGAUUGGGAGGCCGGUUGCGAGGGAGGGGGGGGAGGUCGCGAAGUAUGUUUUGAGGAAGAUGACGGUGGGGGAGAGGGAGGCGUUGGAGGGGUGUGUGGGGGGGGUUUUGGAGGAGUUGGAGAGGUUGCUUGAGGGGGAGAGGAAGUGAGGGGGGACGAUUGUGAUACCUUGGUGGGAUGGAGAGCGGAUGUUGUCACAUUGUAUGAUUAUAGCGAGGGAGCGGAUGUAGGAAUAGCUGCUGUACUGUCACGUUGACAACAGCGAAGAUGAUACCCAAAGAAUAGAUCUCAUUGAUUCUCACCCCCGG